UUGUUUCACUUUCCUUUUGGGACACGGCUCGCUGCCCAUUGUCUCGGGGCAAAAAGUGAGCAUGGCAAAGACCCCGAGAGACUAUCUGUUCGACACCAUUAGAGAGCUGGGCGAGUCGGACUUGAAGGCGUUUAAAGACAAGCUGAACAAUUUCCAGCCCAGGCCAGGUUAUAACCGUAUCAAAUGGGGAGAGCUGGAAAAAGCAGACGCUGUAGAAAUCACUCGCCUGCUAGUCAGCUACUACAAGGAGGAUUACGCGGUGGAAGUGGCCGGGAAGGUGCUAGAGGACAUGGACAAGAAGAACCUGGCACACAACCUCUUCCAGGCCACAGGGAAGGCUCCAGGUGGCACCCAGCAGACCCCAGAACCAACCAGCAGCACCCGGACCAGAGUCACAGCAGGUGUAGCCGCCCCCAUGCCCAGGGAACACAGGCCAGGCUCGUCCAGGGCUGGAGACUCAGGAGAUGAGAUAGACCUACGAUAACAUCGAGUUCUGCACCGAAGGCUUUGCAGCUGACAUGGCGCAGUGAAAGAGACGGUUAACACUGGAAUGAAGACCGUGCCCUGCUCCUCUACCAGUGCCCGAUGGCCAAGGAAACCCGGAGACUUUUCAGAGUCGUACCAACUGGCUAGAAUAUUGCAUUCCAUAUUUUUGGUCAAUAAAACAAUUGCCUGUUUUUAAUACGGAGA